CCCACCCCUUCCCAUUAUAUCGUACCAUCCAUAGGGAAGAGGUUGUACAAGGAAACAGCCACCUGCUCCUCCUCCAUGCGGAUGAAAAGCCACCUAAUAGGGAAAACCAACUGCCUUGAUCUAUAACCAAAUAUUGUUGUUCUGCUUUUCCACCUGUGAGCCUGGAUGAGCGACUGAGGACAGGAUGGCCAACUCUGCGCUGGAGAUUGUGGGACUUUUACUGACUCUGAUUGGUUUAAUUGGGGCAGCUGCAAGCACUGGAAUGCCAAUGUGGCGGGUCACAGCCUUCAUUGGGGAGAAUAUUAUAGUGUUUGAGACUCGCUACGAAGGCUUGUGGAUGAACUGCUUCAGACAAGCUGACAUACGGAUGCAGUGUAAGGUCUACGACUCUCUGCUGGCUCUUUCCCCUGACUUGCAAGCUGCAAGAGGGUUAAUGUGCUGCUCUUUGGCUCUGGGAGGCCUUGGUUUGCUGAUCAGUUUGAUUGGGUUGCAGUGCACAUCAUGUAUCAGAAACAACGAUCGAGCCAAGAGACUGGUCCUCAUCAUUGCAGGAAGUAUGAUCAUAAUGGCUUGCAUCUGUGUCCUUAUCCCUGUGUCCUGGACAGGCCACGUCAUCAUCAGGGACUUCUACAACCCUCUGCUGAUUGAUGCCCAGCGCAGGGAGCUUGGAGAGGCUCUCUAUAUUGGCUGGGUGUCAGCUGCUUUCUUAUUUGCUGGAGGAUGCAUGUUUACCUGUUGCAAUAUACAGUCUGAAGAUGACAGAUCAGAGAGGUACAUAUACUCGAAAAACUCAGACUAUACGGCCUACACCCCCCAGCCACUGCCGCCACUGCAGCCUCGGCCUCCUCUACAGCCUCAGCAGCUGGUUUUUAUCCCUCGACCAGAACCUCAGCCAAUGCUGUCAAGGCAGCCGUCGACUAUCUACAGUUACCAAUCCAGAUACCCCUCUGUGCGCAGUGGGGUUGCUUAUCUUUGAACACUUUUAUUAGGAAUAAAUAGCCCUUACAAGACAGUUUUCUAUCAGCGUGACUGGAAUGGUUUUUUUUUUAAGGUAAACACAUUUAAUUUAAAAUAUAUACACAUUUCUUUAAUAGCACAAUCAGUUAAAAACUACUUUAAUGUAGUAUAUGAACUGUUCUUAUGUUUUUGCUGUACACAUACAUAAAUAUAGGAAAGUAAUUUGACAUCAACCAUGAUUAAAAACUUAUCUGAGUUAACCGUUCAACAUCUUUUUUUUUGUAUUUUAUGAUUAACUGCUAAUGCUUAUGGAUAUUUGGACUGUCAAAAUGGAGUAAAUAUUGUGAAUAUGCAUGUUAUGUACACCUUCACCAUAAGAAAUGUCUGUUUGUUUAAUGGUAAGAUAUGCAUCAUAGUUGGCAUUUGACAUAUGUAAGUUUAGAUGAGAAAGACAAUUCAAAUUGUUUUUUUUUAGCAGCCAAAAGACUAAAAUCAGAUGCUUCAAAAAACAUUACCUUUUUUCUAUAACAUUUGUACCAGUUUCAUCCAGUAUUAUAUAUCAGGGAAAACAAUUGCUUGUAUGUCACAAAUGAGGUCCGUAAAACAGGAAAAAACAGGGCUUACUGUAUUGAACUGAAUCAUGUAGCUAUGAUUAAAACCAUUUCAAACUAUUUUGGUUUAAUUAAUCCUGAUAUUUGUAAAAGUUAGGCAUUUUGUAUUGCAUAAAAAAAAACAAUUGAAAAGGAUAAAAUGGCUGAACAAACAAGAGACUCAGGUAGCGCUGCUCCCUAAGGGCGUGGACGCAAAGGUAACUCAACCUGGUAAACUAACAAAGAGUUCAUGUGAUCAGAAUCUGCAAGCUACUUUGAAUUUAGACCAAAACAUCCUUGUUAGCUGUUGUGAUGAUUCUUGUUUCAUAUGAAUAGCAGGAAAAACUUUCUGUGAAGGGCAUAAAUAAAGUACAGCUUAAAGGUCACUACAUUUCAACUAUAACAUUACAAGAAAUUAAAGCAACUUUAAACUUCAGCAUUACAUUUUUGAUGAUCUUUGAAUGAUGGUUUUAGUUUUUUUAAACAACUAUGAUUUUUAUUUUUUUCUAAUGUAAUCAUGAAUCACUGGUUUGAUGUGGAAGAAAUGAAAUGCUGUGUGAUGUCAUGCAAACCUUUUAUUUCAUUACCUCAAAGCUCUUCUCUGCUCCCCUGUGGACAAAACAGAAAACUGUCAGUUUUUCAUUUUACUGGACACUGAUCUCUGUUUGCCU